AUGAAAUCAAUGAGGACUUCCCUCACCCAAGGCCUCUGGCUCCUGGUACUAGACCUAAUGCUUCUUGUUGACUCUCUUGGCAAGGACUUUAUUUUUCACCCUGAGUGGGGGUUUGACUCCUACGAAAUCACAAUCCCCAAGAAGCUGAGCUUCCGGAUGGGAGAACAGGGUGUGGCCAGGCACGAGUCCUAUCUCCUGAAGGUAAAAGGCAAGAAUCAUGUCCUUCACCUGCGGCCCAAGAGGUUUCUGUUGCCCCGACAUCUGCAGGUUUUCUCCUUCACGGAGCAGGGGGACCUUGUGGAAGAUUACCCUUACAUCCCGAAGCUCUGCAACUAUGUGGGCUCGGUGGAAGAGGCUCAGGAAUCUGAAGCUACGUUGAGUACAUGUAUGGGGGGUCUGCGAGGCAUACUGAAGAUUGAUGAAGAACUCUAUCAAAUCGAGCCCCUCAAGGACUCUACCAAGUUUGAACAUGUCGUCUAUCUUCUGAAUAAGGAGCAAUUUACCAAUCAGACCUGUGGCUUAACUGAUGAUGAAAUAGAAUUGCAGAUGGCCCAGCAUGAGAAUAUGGCUAGGAGAAGGCACUUUCCUGGUUCCUAUAAGCACCAAAAGUAUAUGGAAUUGGUCAUAUUGUUUGAUCAUGGUAGAUAUUUGUUUGUGAAUUCCAAUCUAACUCAAGCCAUAAGUGAUGCUCUUCUUCUUACUGGAAUUAUGGACACCUACUUUCAGGAAAUCAGUAUGAGGAUACACCUGAAAGCUCUGGAAAUAUGGACAGAUAAAGACAAAAUAAAUAUUGGAGUAAGCAAAUUAACUGAAGUUUUAAGCCAAUUUUUAUCAUAUAGAAGAAAUAUCCUAAAUGCUCGGAUUCUAUCAGAUUGGUCACAUUUAUAUGUUAACAGACAGUUUCCUGAUGCUCUUGGAUGGGCUUGUGUUGGAUUAAUGUGUACUAAAUUGCAUGGUGGAUCUACAAGUAUUUUUCCAAAUCUAAAUAUCUUUGGACCUGGCACUUGGUCUACUCAUGAACUUGGUCAUGGUUUGGGAAUGAAACAUGAUGAAGAAUACUGUCAAUGUAAGGGUAAGCAUAGUUGCAUCAUGGGCACUGGGCAUACUGGGUGGAGUAACUGUAGUUUUAUCUAUUAUUUUCAGUUCAUAUAUUCAGGAGCAUCUUGUCUAAAUAAUAUUCCAGGAAUAGGUUAUGUGUUGGAGAGAUGUGGAAACAAAAUUGUGGAAGAGGAUGAAGAAUGUGAUUGUGGUUCAAGAGCAGACUGUCAAAGAGACAAGUGUUGUCAACCUAAUUGUAGACUCAAACAUGGUGCCAACUGUAGCACUGGUCUUUGCUGUCAUAACUGUCAAUUUCGUCCAUCUGGAUAUGUAUGUAGGCAACAAAAAAAUGAAUGUGACCUUGAGGAAUACUGCAAUGGGACCUCAAGUCUUUGUCCAGAUGACAUGUAUAAGCAGGAUGGAACUCCUUGCAGAUACAAAGCCUAUUGUUUCAGAAAGGGGUGUCAAUCCAGGUUUAUGCAGUGCCAAAGAAUUUUUGGGCCUGAUGCCAGGGAUGCUCCUAAGCAGUGCUAUGAUGCUGUGAAUUUAAUGGGUGAUCAAUAUGGUAACUGUGGUAUUAAAGGAACUCAUUCCUAUCAAAAGUGUAGCAAAGAAAAUUUAUUAUGUGGCAGGCUCCAAUGUAUAAAUGUCAAAAUCAUCCCUGAUAUGCCAGAUCAUACUUCAAUAAUUAAUACUCAUCUAAAGGAGGAAAAUCUCAUGUGCUGGGGCACAGGCUACCAUCUAGGCAUGAAACCCAUGGGGAUACGUGACCUGGGUGUGAUAAAUGAUGGCACCUCCUGUGGCCAGAACCAGAUAUGUAUUAACAGAAGUUGUGUUGAUAGCUCAGUUUUGUGGUAUGACUGUUUGCCCAAGAAGUGCAAUCACAGAGGCAUUUGCAACAAUAGAAAGAACUGCCACUGCGUGUAUGGGUGGGACCCUCCAUUCUGUGAGGAGGAAGGAUAUGGAGGAAGCAUUGAUAGUGGGCCUCCAAGACCCCUAAGUCUGGAGGUGCCCUCAUCAGUUCAAAUUGUGUCCAUUAUGUUAUUACGCCUUAUUUUCUUAAUCAUCUCAGUGAUUAUUGUGUUUUUAAGUCAACUUAUAUGAAAUUGUUAAAAACCCAAAUAGGAAAAAUAUCCUCAAAUAACACUGGAGAAAAAAAAACCUAAGUCCAAGAAUAUGAAUCACAAAACUGAAAAAGUAAUCAGAAAUGGGAAGCAUUUCUCUGAGGACAAAUCAAAAGUUGCAGGGGAUGCUGCUGACACCAAGAGCCCAGAGGACAUGGGCCCAGGGAACAGGGUUGUCUCCUCAUUUGGGCCAGAAAAUGGAGCUGUCAUCUCCACCCAGAUCCUGCGUUUGGUUCAUCAGUAUCUCACCCCUGGACUUGAGACAAUGCAGCCAGUUGCCUGA